GGAGUCGACGCGGAGGCGGUGCAGGCUUCGCGACGGGGUGGAGGGCAGGCUUCGGCGUGUCAAUGCGCGUGCGCGGGGCUAAAGUCUCGGCCCUUUGGGGAGCUUGGAAAUGGCGGCAGUCGGGGACGCUUCGCGGGAGCCGGCUGCCUCGGAACCGCCGGCGGAGCUGCCUGCCUCGGUGCGGGCGAGCAUCGAGCGGAAGCGACAGCGGGCGCUGAUGUUGCGCCAGGCCCGGCUGGCGGCCCGGCCCUACCCGGCGACGGCGGCUGCGGCUACCGGAGGCAUGGCUAAUGUAAAAGCAGCCCCAAAGAUCAUUGACACAGGAGGAGGCUUCAUUCUGGAAGAGGAAGAAGAAGAACAGCAUACAAUUGGAAAAGUUGUCCAUCAGCCAGGACCUGUUAUGGAAUUUGAUUAUGCAGUAUGUGAAGAAUGUGGUAAAGAAUUUAUGGAUUCUUACCUUAUGAGCCACUUUGAUCUGGCAACUUGUGAUAACUGCAGAGAUGCUGAUGAUAAACACAGGCUCAUAACUAAAACAGAAGCCAAACAAGAAUACCUUCUGAAAGACUGUGAUUUAGAAAAAAGAGAACCAGCUCUUAAAUUUAUUGUGAAGAAGAAUCCGCAUCAUUCACAGUGGGGUGAUAUGAAACUCUACUUAAAAUUACAGAUUGUGAAGAGGUCUCUUGAAGUGUGGGGUAGUCAGGAAGCUUUAGAAGAAGCAAAGGAAGCUCGACAGGAAAACCGAGAGAAAAUGAAACAGAAGAAGUUUGAUAAGAAAGUAAAAGAAUUACGGCGAGCAGUAAGAAGCAGCGUGUGGAAAAGGGAAACUGUUGCUCAUCAGCAUGAGUAUGGACCAGAAGAAAACCUAGAGGAUGACAUGUAUCGGAAGACUUGUACUGUGUGUGGCCAUGAGCUGACGUACGAGAAGAUGUGACUAGUUAAGUGUAAAGUGUUCACAGAUGAAUGGGACACUCGCAUAAAUAAUGCUUCAGGAAGAAAUAUGUAUGUUAUGGCUUAAGAGCGAGUUUCGGAGUCCAGCAGGCCUGGUUGUGGGCAAAAUCCUUCGGUCUGUGAUUGCUUUUCUCUACAACAGGGUGGGAGCUGAGGGAUGGAAUAGGUUCAAAAGUUAGGUUAGAGCUAAAACCGAGAAAUAAACCAAAAUAAACCCUAGACUGUAAUAGGAGGAAGAGCUUUUAGUAAGGGCUGAAGCAUCGCAGCUGAAGCGGAUUCUUCUCCCAGGAAACAGGACAGUGGUAGAUUCUGCGCCCUGGAGGCUAGCCAGGUCUUCUAGACCCUGUCGCCACGUGGGGGAGUGGGGAGGAGCUGUUGGACAAGGCCUCACUGACAGUAGGAAUCGAGUCGUGGCAGUCUGAUCAUGUUUUCUGUAUGCUUACGGUUUACUACCAUAGGCCCUAAUGUCUGUCUAGAUAGCCCUUUUCAAAUCUGGAUUAAAAUGGAAAAACAGCCAUAUUGUCUUAUUGAUCAAAAAAGGUACUAAAUUUAUCCUAACUUGUUAACAUUUUACAGAACACUUACUGUGGACCAGGCAGGUGUAAUGUGAAAUGGCUUACAGGUAUUCUCACUUAAUCCUGGGAGGGAAGAUAACUUCUCUUUUUAUUUAGCACUUCUAAAGGCAGUGAUAACCUACAACCCGACGUCACCCUAGACAUCUGGAUCAAGUUUAGCUAGUCGGUUUUGCCCAUCUUGUCAAAAGGAUCACAAGGUAGUUAGAGCUAGUAAGAGGAUUUGUGCUUGAUUACAGGGUCUGUGCAUGUUUUUUUUUUCCCCCCAAAACCGUUCAAGUUAAGAUAAACUGGGUAGUUUCAAGUUGUUCUUUGACAUGGCUUUUUUAGUCCUGUUUCCACAAACAGAAGAAAUAGAAAGUUUAUAUGUUUUCAUCUUCCUUUCUAGAUCAGCUCUCCUGGAGAUUAUGCUUGACAAAAGGCAAGUCCAACUCAGAUAGACUCGAGACUAUAAUUACUAAUUGUUCUCUAAGAAUCCAACAUAGAAACGUUUACUGUAUCAGUCAGGUGUUGAUUUUUUUUUUAAAUGUGCCAUGCUAAUUAUUUAUUCAGUAAAAAUUGAUUCAGAAUGGGGAGCAAGACCUUCGUGGGAGCACAAGAAAGCUUCCAGCUUGAUGUCAACAGGGUAACGAGGAGUCUAGGCAGCUGACAACAGUAUUAACUGCAUGGGAGAUAAAGAGCCGUUGAGCCACAUGGACCGAGGUUCAGAUUCUACUCAGAACUUGGGUAGGUUACUCCAUGGGCCUCUUUGUAUCUGCUGGAUGGGCAUAAUCCUCUCCCAGGGUGGUUGUGAGGAUUAAAUAUGGUGAAUCUGGGGCAUGUGGCACAGACCAGCCGCUUGUUCAUGAGCACGUGUUCUCAUGAGGACAGUAUAGUUCUAGAUUUGUCUAGUUUCACGUAUGCUUCUAUUCCCUUUUUCAUCACUUGAAGAUGAUACCAGUAUCCAGAGAACACGGACAGCCCAAUGUAUUCUACCCAGGUUGGCAAGUUCUUUCACUUCUCAUUUUCAGGUAUAAUUACAGGUUAGUAGAUUAUACAACAAACUACUCAAUACUUUCCAGGAAGAGCAAGCAAACUUAUUUUUCAUAUGAACCACUGCCUGAAUUAUUCCUGGAAGGGAGAUUUAGAAUCAAGGAAAACAAAGCAUAUGUUUGUUCACUUUGACAAAGGAAAUGUUAAAUGGCAUUGAUAGAAUAUUUAACAGAACAUUGAUUUCUUUGCAAGAUACUUUAGUGACAUGCCGUUCUUUUGUCUGUAUGAGCUGCUUGAGUGGGGAAAGCAGCUGCUGAAUGUUUUUGUUCUUGUUUCUUCAAAAUGCAGCUUCCAGUAUUUUCCAUAAACUUAGCUGCGUAACUGCACAGAGCAGCGUCCCAUCAGUGAAUUCUUGUGAGAAGCAAUAUUACACAUGAAGAGAGGAUCCAAGAGCAAAAUUCCUCUAGACUUCGGAUCAGGCAGGUGUAACUAGCCGAACUGCAGUGCACUGGGAGAGGAGGGGCGACAGGGCAGUGGAGGGUCGAAGUUACCAGAGCCUUAAGUGGUUAUCAUUUUGGCUUCUUGAGGCCAAGAGCCAUGUCUGACUGAUUACUGUUUGUGGGAAGGAGGAACAGCAUAACCAGAAGAAUAGACAAGAACCUGGGUUUUAGUCCUUCUCCUGCUAGUAACUUGCCAUGCACUCUUAAUUCUGUGAAUUAUUUCUUGUUUUAAAUGGUACAGUAUUUAAAAAUCCUAGAAAUUCCUAUCUCUUGAAUGGACUAUAUUCUAUAGCCAGUAAAUGCGGUGUAAACCAGAGACUGGAUAACAAUAUGAAAAAUGCUAAUGCAUCCUAAAUGUACGAGGUCGUAAGUUAAUGCUACCCGUGUUGUACAAACGCAGAGGAAUACUACUUACCAGUUGUGGGGUUGUUGAUAAAUUUUUCCUAAGGUUUAGUGAAGUCUUAAAGUGCUAGCAAUUUGCAAUGUCAGAGAAUCCCUUAUACUUCUUUUACGUGCAUGCUUAUCUCAGUUAAGCUUUAAUACUGUACAGGAAACAGGCUCAAGAAUUAGUAAUUAAUUACUCGGACCAAGUUCUGCAGAAACAAAAUCCAAACCUAUAUAUAAUCCAAGGAAAGUUUUAGCCAAUCUGGCUACUUCUGUUUCCACUUCAGCACGCACUUCACUAGUGGAUCUUGGACAAAACUGUCUCCAAAACUAGAGGAGCUGACCAGAUGGCUCUAAGGUCACAGUUCCCACUGCUGCCUGCACGCUGGGCAUCACCGGCGGAGCCUUCAGAACAGCUGCUGGCUCCGUUUCACCUCAGAAUAACUAAAGAAUUUGGGUAGUGCUACUCUGAACAUUCGUAAGUAGUGUCUUAAAAUACUAAUACUACUUUGGAGAGAGAAUUCCCAGUGAGGAAGUAUACCUUCAAUAAGAAACCACCGAUUUUCAAGUAGACUGAGAUGAUAAAUCAUGAAAUACCAAAGUUUAAAAAACAUUUUAGUUUUAUUUCGUCCAUAUUAGGUUAUCCAUGAGCUGUGAAAAGCUAUGCUACUUGAUAGUAAACCCACCAAUUCUAUAUACUACUUUGUAAGCUGGACCUCUAGUGUUCACAUACCUCAAAUCACUUAUCUUUUGUGCCUUAAGGAGAAAAAAAUACCAGAAAAGUUGUAUCUGUCAUAUAUAUAUAAUACAUCCUAUGGUCAUCGUCA